UCACCUUUAAGUCGCGCGCACAAGAAGCUCGUGAGAAUCCCGCGUGCUGCUGAAAGCACGACACAACUGCUUUUGCAGUGUACGUGGUGAUCACUGGGAUCUCUGUUCCUCAAAAUAGUCAGUGUCAGCAGGUUCCAGACAAAAGGAUUAAGUUUUAUUUUAUCAAGUUUAUAACAAGAACCUGGGAACAGAACUAUGCAGGCGAAGAGACGCUGGAGCACGGCUUACCGCCAUGUCGUUUACCCCCAAUUAUGGAAACAAGCUGCAAAACGAUCAUCGGCAGUUCUGUCCGAAGGAUCACCCAACAUAUCUCCGAGACCAAGUCCUUCCAAGUCCCGGAUGCGGUUUGCCUCUCAGAUGUCCAUAACUACCCGGCAGGAGGAUGACUACCAACCACCAUCCUGCAUUUUUCACCCUGAUGGCAAUGUCAUCUUUUACUGGAUGGGACUUGUCAGUGUUACCGUUGUGUACAAUAUUUGGGUUGUGAUUCUAAGACUGGCCUUUCCGGAACUAGGAAAUGAGUCUACAGCUCAGUACAUCUUUUCACUUGACACAGUUUGUGAUCUCAUUUACCUUUGUGAUAUCGGAAUCCAGUUAAGGACAGCAUAUCUUGGGGAUGGCAUUCCGGUGUUCGAUCCUACCAAAAUAAGAAAACAUUACACCACCCAGUCACUGUUUGUCAGAGAUAUAAUUGCCGUUUUACCAACUGAAACAUUUUGCAGGAUUAUGUCAGAAGUAACACACAUUCCGAAGCAUUUCUUAUGUACAUGCGGUGGUGCACGAUUGACUAAACUUGCAAAGUUUCAUGCUCCCUACAAGUUUUACGACCUUUUAGACAGCCGCACGAGCAAUCCUAACGGGAUCAGAGCUUUUCGUCUCACCCUCUCAUUAGUAACCGUAAUUCACUGGAUAGGGUGCCUUUAUUACAUGGUUUCUGAGUACGAGGGUCUUGGUUCGACUGGAUGGGUGUACACAGAUGAUCAAGACAAACAACGGUUAUUCAGAAAGUACGUCGUCUGUCUUUACUGGUCCUCAAUGACGUUAACGACAAUUGGAGACUCCAGUCCACCCGAGACAGACUUGGAAUAUGUUUUCACAGGCAUUACCUUUCUCAUCGGAGUUUUCGUAUUUGCCACCGUAGUGGGAAAUGUUGGUGACGUCAUCUCAAACAUGAACGCAACUCGACAAGACUUCCAGGCUAAGAUGGACCAAAUCAAGAUGUACCUUACACAUAGAAGAGUACCUGCAUAUCUUCAGAUGAAGGUGAAAAAAUGGGCAGAGUACUCCUGGUCCAGAACACAGGCUACGGACGAGUCCAGGCUGUUACACAUGCUACCAGAAAGCUUGAGAGCAGAAAUUGCAGUGCACGUGCACUUGGAUACUUUAAAAAAGGUCAAGAUUUUCGAACAGUGUGAACACGGGUUUCUCUGCGAGCUAGUUUUGAAGCUAAGGUCACAGAUCUAUUCACCAAGGGACUACAUCUGUCGUGCUGGAGAAACAGGGAGAGAAAUGUACAUUAUCAACCAUGGUAAGGUAGAGGUCAUUGUUACCAAUCCAGUCACUGACGAAGAGGUCGUGGUGGCAGUGCUUUGUGAAGGGAACUAUUUCGGUGAAAUCAGCCUGUUGAGGUUAGACGGAGCACAGAACAGACGCACUGCAGACGUUCGUUCCGUUGGAUAUUCGGACUUGCUAUGCUUAUCUCGCAAAGACCUGAUGGCGGCACUUGUGGAGUACCCCGAAGCAAAGUCUGUACUAGAAGUUCAUGCUCGAGAAAGAAUCAGAACUAAUCUUCAAGCCAAGAAAACUUUUAGCGUAGACACAAUAACGGAGACUGGAGACGACAGUGACAUCUUUCGUUUUUCUAGAGAACGAGAAAGAGAAGAAAAAAAUAGUCGUGAUAUCAUGGAAAUUCGAGAAAUGAUCGAAGAAUUACGGAACUUCCAGAAUGUAAUGCCCCAGCAAAGAAUAACUGAACUAACUGAAAAAUGUGAAAACCUUCACGCCCAAAUUAUUCAGAGAGAUGAAGAAUUAAAAAACGCCAAACGUCGAAUCUUGGAGUUAGAGUACAAUUUAACUUUAGCUAAAAGUCAUCAUUCCUCACGUUCCUUGUUGAGAAUGAGUCCGCUUAAAAAGAAAAGUGGACCAAAAUAUCAGAGUUUUAGUCUAAGUAGAUUGUCUGAAUCAGUUGAUAGAAUAGAGGUAGAAGCCCACAGAAGUAUGUCGAGCUGUGAUUAUGAACCUACGACAUUAACUGCGAUUGACAAUGAACCACCAACCAUAAAUACUGAGCAAGCUAAGAUAGAAGGUUGUGACCAACCUCAAGUACCAGGAAUAACAAUAGAUGUGGCAACCCCUUUAGAACCAGGAACUAAAGGAAAUUCUAUACCCACAGAUAACAGCCAAUCAAAUUACAAACUCCUCAAGAGUCCUAUUGUUAAAACUUCCAGUAGGUUAAAUUCUGCGAAUAAUUUGACACUGUCCGACUCUUCGCCCCUGGUGAGUGAUUUUCUCAGUGACGACUGCGGACAAACCACCGACAGCAGUACCACUGAUGAUGUCGGCGCACUAAGCGAUUCGGAAAUUUGGAGAUUGUCAUAAAAGAAGAAGAUAUUUGACAACACAUCAUAUUUCUUCUUCAUGUUGAGGGUACUUCUUGAUUAUAUUAUUUCUCUUAUUAUAAUCUGUCAUUCGACUUCAUAAAAAAACACAAGGAGGAAAACCUUUAGUAACGUAAUAGUACGAAUCUAAUUUAAUAAUACAUUUACUAUAAUCUACUAUAUAACUUUAAUAACUCGGUUGUUUUUAACAAAUAUUGAACUACUCUUGUGGACUGUUUUUACUUGAUUUUAAUAAAAUUGCUUGUAGAGAGUUUAAGCUGUCAAAUAAACUCACAUUGUAUUGAUAUCGCCGAAUGUUUAUAAAAUUCUUUUGAGAUAAGGCCGUAUAUUUCACAGAAACUGAUUGAAAGAGAUGUUCCCCUUAUUCAAUACUGGUAAUACCAAAUAAUGAAACUAAAUUAACAUAUGAAACCAACGUAAAAAAUUAGAAACAUAUUACUAGAAAACGUUAAGAGAUAUCUGGAAUGAGUGACAGUUAUCGUGUUUUCUUUCUUGCUAUCAACAGUAAUUCAAACUUACCCUUCUUUCUUUAAACUUUUCAGACAUUUGUAAAAAACAAAGUUCUGAUAAGUAACAAUAUGUGAAAUUAAAUGAACAGUUUCAGAUUUUUCUAUUGAUUAGCUUUAUACUAUAUUUAAGAACAAUUAUAUUAUUUUAUGUUUAUUGUAUGAUGUGUUUCAAGUGAAUUAAAAUAUUUAUGUCUAAA